CCUGCCUUCCACCAGUGAUCUCACCACACACUGCAUAGAGAAGUGGUACUGUGUACCUGUCAGUUACCCAUCUGGAUAUAGUGGGAGUGGUCGUAUUAUAUAGUUGCCUAAUGAGAAGUAGUACUGUGUAGCUUGUUCCCUAUACUAACAGAAUAGUGGUUAAAAUUGCAUACAGAAUAACAGUAGACAAUUAUUCUACAGUGUUAUGUACAGUGUGUUGUGGUAGCUGCAAGUAACCAGAGUGUAUGCAGCUAGCACAGGCAACCUGCUUCUCUCCAGCUGUUGUGGAACUACAAGUCCCUGCAUUUCUUAUCAGCCUACAAAGCAGCACCGGGUCACUUGCCAGAGCUGAAUCUCAUUCACAGUGUGCUUUCCUGUUCUACUGGUUGUGUGACACCCAGGUAGCUGCAGUACUCACCCCCAGCUACAGAGAAGGAAGUUACUGCUCCUUCCAGGGCGUGUAGUAUAGAGUGCCAGCUCUUACGGGAAGCAGCUGGGGGAUCCCAGGGAUCUGUGGCUGCAGGGCUCACCCCUGAUGUGAUGCAAAUCCUGUUACAUAAAGCAGGAAAACGGAAGCGGACUGUCUGCUCUCCCUGCACGGAUACAGUAACUCCCGGGACUGCUGAUAUGUAGCACCCAGGAAUUACUCUUCUUCCAGAUCUCACCGACUCUCACAGACAUUUCCCCCAGCGACAGGUCUAGAUUGGUGGGGACGAGCAGCCAUAUCUGGAGCCAUUAAUCCAGAGAAAGGCGAAGAUGACGAGUCCGUGGCAGAGCAGCAGCUCUUCUUCUUCUCUGAUCAUAGACAUCCCCCCCAGGGUGCUGGACGAGUUCUGCCGUUGCGUCGACUGCCUGAACGACUGGGAGUGGCUGCGCUUCGCAUCGCUUACCAUGAAUGACCAAACCACUAUACAGAGGUUCUGGAUGAAGCGGAAAGGGGGGGAUGGCGUGACCCGGGAGGUGCUGUGGAGUUGGGGGCAGAAAUUGGCCACUGUGCAAGACUUGGAAGCCAUCCUUCACCACUUGGAGCUCUAUCGGGCUUUGCACAUCCUCAGGCAAUGUUCCAAUAGUUCUGGAAAGGUUCCUCUGGCUGAGGAGAGGAGAACAGGCCAGCGCUCUGCAGCAGAAGAGAGCUGUAGAAACAGUCACUGUUCCACUGAAAAGGUUUCAGCAUUUGAUGCACAAUCGCUCCCAUCGCCUCCCCCUCCCCCGGCUGACCUCCUGAAAACCCUGCAUAUAGACUCAGAUGCUGAUCAGGUGUCCCGCACCGACCAGGCAUUGAGCAUCCCCCAACAAGAGAUCAGCCUGACCCCGGGCACUGCCUGCCAGCACUGGACCCUGCAGCAACUGAACCAAGCCACCGACAAAUUCAGCACUGACCGCAAAAUACACAGCGGGCAAUUUGCUGAUGUCUUCGUAGGGCGGAAAGCAGACACAGUAUAUGCAAUAAAGCGGCUAAAGGAGCCUGACAGCGAGCAGACGGACGGGUUACAUUCCUUCUUCCACACAGAAGCACAAAUAAGUUUUCGUUGUAAGCACCACAACCUGCUGCCACUGCUGGGCUUCUGUCUGGAGAACAAGCACUUCUGCCUCAUCCACCAGUUCAUGAAGAAUGGUUCCCUAGAUACUGCUCUACAGGAGGCUGGAUCUCACACGCUGAGCUGGGAGAAGAGGCUGCGCAUCGCUACAGGGCUCCUCCAAGCCGUCCACCACUUGCACGAGUCCGGGAUAUUCCAUGGAAAUAUCAGGAGUUCCAACGUGUUGCUGGAUGAGGAUCUCUCCCCAAAGCUGGGGCACUCUCGCCCUUCUCUGUGUACGGACAGAUCAGCAAGUUACACUCAGAUGAAAACCUGCGAGCUGCAGAGAUACCAGCCCUACCUGUCCGACAGCUUCCUGAGGAGCGGCCAGCUAACCGCACACACGGACAUCUUCUCCUCUGGUGUAGUUCUAGCAGAAAUCCUGACCGGGCUGAAAGCCUGCGACAAGAGCAGAGAUCCAGCUUACCUGAAAGAUCUUGUUUUCCUGGAGAUGGAGCAGGCGAAGAUGUGGGUGGAGGCCAGAAGCAACAAGAUGGAGUCUGCAGAGUUUGUUUGUGCAAAGGAAAUCAGCACCAAAUACGUGGAUACAAGGCCUGGGAAGCUGCAGAGAGGCGCUACGUUUUACCUGGCCUCAGCAGUCUGCUUAUGUCUGACCAAAAAGAGGGUUCAGUUAUCAGAGGUCUUAGUCAUGGUGGAGAAGGCGGAGGAUGCAUUCAGAACGCCCAUUAAAGAGCCCCAAGUGGAGAUGACCAGCAUGAAUAUUCCAGAGGAAAGUGAUGAAUCCUUGUCUCUGGGCUAUGCAGAAGGUGAAGCUGCAGAGCAGCCCAUCAGCUCCUCCAACGCCCGGCGCGUGCUGGACUGCACGUCUAUUCCCGGGACAAAACAUUACCCAGCAGCCAGCGAGGUCUCAAACAGGAGCCCAUGUGAACUAGACGAGUCUGGCAACUACCUGCUGUCCCCGGGGGGUAGUUGGUACGAUCAAGGAUCUGAGCCAACGUCGUCUCAGCCAUCGACUACUGGUCAUCAAGCGGACUCGUGCGUCGCACGCCCCCAUCUCCCGGAACAAAACACCUCCUGCGAGUGUCCAGAGACGUCACAUUCACCUACAGAAAGCGGAGAUCCAUCUUGGGGAAUAAAAGUCAACAAAUCAAAAAUGAAGUUGAUGGAAGACAUUGAGCUGUACGAGGAGGAGAAGGUGGACAGCUCUGUGUUCUUUGGCUCCGCUCAAGAUUAAAGUACAUCCACCAUAAAUACACAGCGUGGGCAGCCAUUUUGUGGCAGGAACCACAAAUAUUCUCCAAUUGGGUUAAUGAAGAGCUUCUAAAAUUUGCUGGAUGUGGAUUCAGGAAAUAAUCUGAGCUAAAGUCGAGAAAGGUGACACAGGUUCAAGUCGGCUCGCACAUUGUUGAACUAAAAGUUAUAUAGUGCAUUAAUGUCAAACUUUGAACACGGUAAUGUUGUAUGUUCACUAUAAAAAAAACCUUGUAGUACUUAACAUGGAAUAUAUAAAGUGUACUGUUAACAAAAAAAAAAACGACGAAACACGCUAACAGUGAUCCUUGAUAUUGAGCCACCAGAUUCGGAUUGGAACCUAUUGACAGCGGACAUUAGUAGCCUUGCUACAUUGCUGUUAGUUGUUCCUAGGAAACCAACUACUCACAAAAUGGCUGCUUCCACUGUGUAUAUAGGUCAUAAAGCUUAACCACUUGC